GCUUUCGGCAAGAGGUUGUUGGCGACGAGCUGAAUUCGUUUGCCUGGCUGGGCGAUUAAAUACCUGUCGGUACCGCCCGCGAUGCAUCCCGUGCCCGCCAUUGCAUUCUCUCCAUUUCACAUCCCACCUACCAAGUCCCAUCUAGCGCUCACCUUUUGAUCGGUUCGAGAUUACUUGAACUUCCACAACGCAACACGAACAAACAACCGAAAAUAAGAAAGACACAGGGCAAUAACAUCAAACUCUGCCAGUCUCAGCACAAUCAGUUACAUUUCUUAUCCAUCCUACGAAGCUAGCCAAAAACAAAAUAAAAUAAAAAUGUUCAAGCAAGCACUCCGAAAGCCCCUGACGGGCGCCGUCGUCCAGCAGCAGCGCGUCAGGUCCCUGCACCGCGACGCACCCUACCUCUUCUCGAUGCCGGCCGAGGUCGACGCGGCACGCAAGGCCAGCGUCGCCACGCCGACGGCAAGCACGAUCCCCAGCACCUCCUUCUCGGCGGGCUCAUCGGCGUCGUCGGCCACGGCCCAGCAGUCCGCACAGCGACGGGGCUUCAGCCUGUACCAGGAUGCGCCAUACUUGUGCUCCCUGCCCGAGGAGGUCAAGGCUAUCAAGACUGACGGCGCCUCCGCUGCCCCGAACUGAGAGGCGGAUCUGAUGGGUUUAGUUUUGAGGGAAACGUCUUUUUUGGUCGGGUGGAAUGGGUCUUUUUUCUUUAUAGGGUUCGGGUAGCAGGCACAGCAUUGUUGUGCCUUUUGUUGCAUAGCGUUUGCGAAUUGAUUUGG